GAUAAGGCUUUGCUAGGUAGGAAAAUCAUAUAAAUGCCACUCCAGCUCCCCACUAGGGCUUCAUCUUUGCAUCGUCACGCCAGCCAGCAGUCCUUAGUUGCCGCCCUUCUUUCGAUCGUAUCCUUCCCAAUCCGCCCUGCACGUUGCCUAUCUGUGAAAUAUCCAUCCACCACCAUGGGAUCCGUUGAAGAAAGGCCCCUGAUUGUCAACCAAGCCGCCAAAGGCAUCUCAUACUUCACUCCAGCGCAAAUCCCUCCGGCUGGGACGGCAAAGGAAACCCAACCCAAUGGACGUGCUAUCCCUAAGAUCUUCCAACCUCUGACAAUACGCGGCGUCACUUUCCAGAACCGCAUCUGGCUUUCCCCACUGUGUCAAUACUCGGCGCAAAAUGGCUACCUGACUGACUGGCACCUUACCCAUCUCGGAGGAAUCAUCCAACGCGGUCCUGGGUUUGCUCUCGUGGAAGCUAAUGCCGUCACGCCCGAAGGCCGCAUCACCCCUGAGGACGGCGGCCUCUGGGAAGACGGCCAGAUUGCGCCAUUGAAGCGCAUCGUCGAGUUUGCCCACAGCCAAAGCCAGAAGAUCGGUAUUCAGCUCGGCCACGCCGGUCGCAAGGGCAGCACCGUCGCGCCGUGGCUGAGCCUGGGCGACACCGCGGUCAAGGAAGCAAACGGCUGGCCAGACGAGACACUCGCACCGAGCGCAAUUGCCUUCUCACCGACAUUCCCGCACCCGAACGCCUUGACACUUGAAGGCAUACAACGGAUCAAGGACGCUUUCGUCUCGGCGGCGAAGCGCGCCAUAGAGGCCGGAUUCGAUGUUAUCGAGAUCCAUAAUGCUCAUGGGUACCUCCUGCACGAGUUUCUGAGCCCAGUCAGCAACCUGCGGACAGAUCAGUACGGCGGGUCGUGGGAGAACAGAACUCGCUUGACAAGGGAGAUCGUCGAGGCUGUGCGUGCGGUUAUCCCGAAGGAUAUGCCGUUGUUCUUGAGAAUCAGUGCGGAUGACUGGCUCAAGGGCCAAGAUGAGUUCCCCGAGAGCUGGACGAUUGAGGAUACGGUGCGGCUUGCGCCGGUUUUGGCGGAACUCGGUGUGGAUCUGCUGGAUACAAGUUCAGGCGGGCUCCAUCCGAAACAGAAGAUCUCCGGAGGGCCGGGGUAUCAAGUGCCGUUCUCGAAGGCUGUCAAGCAGGAGGUUGGUGAUAAGUUGUUGGUAACAGCCGUUGGCACCAUUACGAACGGCCCGCAGGCCGAGGAGAUCGUGCAGUCUGGCGUCGAUGCAGUGUUCGUCGGCCGCUACUUCCAGAAGAAUCCCGGUCUUGUAUGGACUUUCGCAGAGGAGUUGGGUACGGAAAUUCAACUUGCGAACCAGAUUUCUUGGGGCUUUGGCGGUCGGGCGAUUGCCGCGAAGGCGGCGAGCUGAACAUUUUCAUCCCAGGUUUGUGUUAGAUUAGAACAAGCGUGGCGUCGUUUGGAUAGAUUAUAAGAGAAAAUAGCGGCUAGAAAUAAGAGAGGAUUCCAGAUUCACGCAAGUGUAGAUAAUCUGGUGGUAUUCAGCACCAUUGUUCAGAGCAAGAAGUUGGAAAGCUCAUUCGCCGUACGGUAACCAAAGCGCAAUGGAUUGUUCCCCCA